AUGAGGCCCGCGAGAAGCUGGGCCCCUUUGGCAGUGACCGCGCUGGUCGCGACGGCUCUGCUGCUGAGGCCCAUCCACGCCGAUGCCCCUGUGGGCAACUAUCUACCACCGUCAACCAGUUACGGCACACCUAAUCUAGGAGGUGGCGGCGGCGGGGGCGGAGGUUAUUCCGGCGGCGGCGGUGGAGGAAUAUCGACGAGCUACGGUGCGCCUUCAGGUGGAUUCGGCGGCGGGGGCGGGGGCGGAUUCGGCGGUGGUGGCCACGGAGGUGGUCGACCUUCCUCGACAUACGGAGCACCCGGUGGAGGUGGCGGUGGUGGUGGAUACUCCGGUGGCGGCGGUGGAACACCGUCCUCCAGCUACGGCGCACCUCCGUCCUCCAGCUACGGUGCACCUCCAUCCUCCAGCUACGGUGCACCACCAUCCUCGAGCUAUGGAGCACCGUCCAGCGGUGGUGGCGGCGGUUUCGGAGGUGGUGGCGGCUUCGGAGGUGGUGGCUUCGGCGGUGGAGCACCUUCCAGCAGCUAUGGAGCACCUUCCAGCAGCUAUGGAGCACCUAGCUCUGGCGGAGGUGGAGGCUUCGGCGGUGGAGUACCGUCCUCCAGUUAUGGAGCUCCAUCUCGUCCUCCCUCCAGCAGCUACGGGACACCAUCCGUAGGACGUCCAUCGUCCUCUUAUGGCGCUCCUUCUAGCGGAGGCGGUGGAUUCGGCGGCGGCGGUGGUGGUUUCGGUGGUGGCGGCGGCGGCUUCGGCGGCGGUAAACCAUCCUCAACUUAUGGAGCACCGUCGAGUGGAGGCGGCAGACCAUCGUCCACGUACGGUGCGCCUUCCGGCGGUGGUGGAGGUUUCGGUGGUGGCGGCGGCGGUUUCGGAGGUGGGGCACCGUCCUCGAGCUAUGGAGCGCCACCCUCCACGAGCUAUGGAGCACCUUCUUCGACCUACAGCGCACCCUCCUCGAGCUAUGGGGCACCGCGCGGCGGUGGUGGUGGCGGAGGUGGAUAUUCUGGAGGUGGAGGCAAACCCUCGUCCAGCUACGGAGCUCCCAGUUCUGGCGGCGGCGGCGGUUUUGGAGGUGGCGGUGGUUUUGGAGGAGGUGGAUACUCUAGUGGUGGUGGAAUAUCUUCAACUUACGGUGCACCCUCGGGAGGUGGCGGUGGAUACUCCGGAGGUGGUGGCGGAUAUUCCGGUGGUGGCGGCGGCAGCGGAGGAUAUUCUGGUGGUGGUGGCGGCGGAUAUUCCGGCGGUGGCAGUUUCGGAGGCUCUGGUGGUUACUCCGGAGGCGGUGGUGGCGGAUAUUCCGGCGGUGGUGGUGGAGGUUACUCCGGCGGUGGCGGUGGCGGUGGCAGACCGUCGUCGUCUUAUGGUGCUCCGAGCGGAGGUGGCGGACAGAGUUACGCCAGUAAUGGAGGAUACCAAUACUAAUCCAGAUAUGUGUUCACCCGGCGAGACGAUUUCCGUGCUCAAUCACGUCGGCUUCCACCAGAUUUUCCGCGU